AUGCACAGAGUGGCGUCUUCUCGUAUCCGCGCUCUCAAGGGCCGCACGGACAGCAGUUGGUUGGGUAGAUAUGUGAGUACAAGUGCUGUUGGAACAAAAUCAUCCGGAGGCUUUUUCAGUUGGUUGACGGGUGAAAGGACGUCUUCACUUCCACCACUAAACUUUCCCCUGAAAGAUGUUCCACAUCCUGAACCAUUGACUGACUAUGUUGAGCUUGGAAAGACCAAGAUAACCACUCUUCCCAAUGGGGUUCGAAUUGCAUCCGAAACAUCAAAGAUACCUACGGCUUCAAUUGGCUUAUUUAUCGAUUCUGGCUCAAUCUACGAAACUCCAUCUUCACUGGGUGUCACACAUCUCUUGGAGCGUAUGGCCUUUAAAAGUACCACGAAUAGGAGCCACCUGCGUGUUGUGCGAGAAGUUGAGGCAAUUGGUGGCCACGUAGCUUCAUCAGCCUCCCGGGAGCAUACGUGUUACACCUAUGAUGCACUAAAGACAUAUGUUCCUCAAAUGGUAGAGCUGCUUGUUGACUGCGUUAGAAACCCAGCAUUUUUGGAUUGGGAAGUUAGUGAGCAGAUCCAUAAGUUAAAGGAUGAGAUAAGUGAUUUCUCCAAAAACCCUCAGAGCCUACUUAUGGAGGCUGUGCAUACAACUGGUUACACUGGUCCCUAUAGCAAUCCUCUUGUGACUUCUGAAUCUGCACUUAGUGAUUUGAAUAGCAAGGUGUUGGAGGAGUUUGUUGCUAAAAACUACACUGCUCCGAGGAUGGUUCUUGCAGCAUAUGGUGUAGACCAUGAUGAACUGUUAAAAUAUGCGGAACCUCUUCUAUCUGAUCUGCCUUGCGUUCCUCUACCUUCGGAGCCAGGGAUAAGUUAUAGAGGAGGGGAUUUCCGCCACCAAGACGGUUCAGGGGUUACUCAUGUUGCUCUUGCAUUUGAACUUCCUGGUGGCUGGAUGAGGGAAAAAGAUGCUAUGACACUGACUAUACUUCAGCUGCUCAUGGGUGGAGGUGGAUCUUUUUCAACUGGUGGUCCUGGAAAAGGGAUGCACUCAAGAUUAUAUCGUCGUGUCCUGAACGAGUAUCCUCAGAUACAAUCCUUUUCUGCUUUCACCAGCAUUUUCAAUCGUACUGGAAUGUUUGGAGUUCAAUUUACAACUGGUUCUGAUUUUGCAACAAGCGCUGUUGAUAUCGCUGUUAAAGAACUCACUGCAGUUGCUUGCCCUGGAGAAGUUGACGAGGCUCAGCUAAAUCGUGCAAAACAAGCAACAAAGUCUUCCAUUUUGAUGAACUUGGAAUCCAGAAUGGUUGCAUCAGAAGACAUAGGCAAACAAAUAUUGACAUAUGGAGAAAGGAAAACCGUAAAUCAUUUCUUUGAGAUUCUUGAUUUAAUCCACCCGAAAGAUAUUGCUAGAGUAGCACAGAAGCUUUUUACGUCUCCCCUCACAAUGGCAUCUUAUGGCGAUGUGCUUAAUCUGCCUAGCUACGAUUCUGUCAGCAGAAAGUUCUAUGGAGUCUGA